CCCGUCCGGCCAGACGUCAGGUCUCAGCGGUCCUGUUCAGCGCGCGCGGCGCCAUGGCGGCCGGCCGACUGCUGCUGGCGCUGAUGGCCACGCUGGUGGCGGCGACGUGCGCCGGCUCGCGGACCGUCUCGGACAAGUCUGAGGAGCUGCCCGUAGCGGCCGCCCACAAACAGAUCGUCUACCGGUACAUCCCCAUCGACAAGGCGUUCCUAGGCCUCGACAAGUCGUACGACGACUAUUACGGCACGUCGAAGCCGUCGACGGACUACCGGCGAAGUGACCACGGCUUUUCGAGCUACAAUGACUGGCCGUCCAACUACAACAGUCCCAGCGGCAGCGGCUUCUCGGGCCAUCGGCGCGAAGACGACUACUACAACUACCGCCGUGACGACGACUACCACAGGGGUCACGACGAUCACCGCGCGGGCUACCGUAACGACGCGGACACGUACUCGACGUACUCGGACAGCAACCGGCGUCACCACGACACGGACCACACCCACCGCAACACGCACCAGGAGUACUACGACUACGAUUACACCCAGGACUACAGCCCACCCACGCGACGGCCCGCACGGCGGCGCAAGAAAAAGGUCAACCGAAACGACAAGUGGCCAAUGCUCGACUUCGCCGAGGCUGUCGUGAAGAGGAUCUUCCCGCGCAAGUCCACGCGCUCUGGAGGCGGUGGACACCGUGGAUCCAGGUUCAAGUUUCCCAAGUUCAUCACUUUCGACGCGGUGGUUACGUUCCUGUCGUACAUGGUCGGGGUCGGUCUGGUGAUAGCCUACGUGGUGCUGGUAGCAUUGAACGCCGUUGCAAGUGACGGAGCCAGCAUAGCGACAAUUAUUGGCCGAAGCCUGGAUCGUGGCGACUCGCAGCUGAUCGACGAGGAGGCUCUGAAAGUGCUGGUGCUCCUGGAAAACGCCAUCCAGCGGCACGAGCGCGGCUGCGUUCGGUACCGGUUGUGCCAGAUCAGCCGAGGCACCGCGUGGGAGGCGCUGACGUCCGCAGCCAGCUGGGCCUUCUCCGGGACGGCGGCCGCGGACGGGCCGGACGCGCGGCGCCUGACUGCGGCCCGGCCGGCGGACUCGCUCUGUGACGAGGCGUUCCCCCAGUGCGCCCCGCAGCAGCGGCCGGCCGCGCGGCUCGACACGCCGUAGCCGCCGCACCGCAGGCACCGGGCGAAGCGGCGGUGCAGCGAUGGACCGCGAUUGUUGCUGCAGUACGAGGCGCUCGAUAUGGAGGGGCAAUCCGGCUGCGCCCUUCAUAGUACUUCCCGUUCCUGGUCCGAACACGGGUCGAUGUAUAAUCAUGUGCGUUGAGGUUGGUUCAUGACGAUGUUUAUAUCGCGCCUCUUUAAUUGAAGGGUUGCACAGCGUGCGGCACCACGCAGCCCACUGCGCUCAUAUACAGGCCCGCGUCACGUGACGUCGGCCUGGAAUCAACCAGGAUCUCCCAUGCGCAAGUCAGAAGACCUGCUGACCAACUGACCUAUUUGCCCCUGAACGGCAGUAGCACAUCUGUUUGGAAAGCGAUCACACGAGCCUGACUCUCUUCGUGGCUUUUUCGGAGGGUCCCCUCAACAAUACUUACGGGUCUGUUUCAGCAUAUGUACUACAAAAACCACAUGGAAUCAACAUGUGCAACGGACUUUACUGUUACAUUGCGUGAAUAACUGAGCGCUUGGAAAGCGAUCCUUGACAUUGAGAUCUGAAUAGCAACCGGCCACCCCAACUUUGGUUCGGUUCAGAAGUGCUUACGAUAUCCUAAGUCCGCACAGUGUUGUUACGGUCUUGGUGUCCUGAAACCAUUUAUUCCAGCCCCUGGAGAACCAAGAUCCCACGCAUUCACCCCAGCAUUAUCAGCUGCAACAGAUCACACCCAUAUGAAUACCACUAACAGAGGUGCUAUACGUUCUCAGGAAUCGCCCUACGCUUCAAGUGAUUGUGUUAAGAGCCGAGCGAUUUAGGCAGUAAAAUGGCAUGUAGGCAUGUAGGCAUGUAAAAUGACAGCUGUUUUUUACGCUCUGCAUUUUCCAGUUAAAGAUCAAACGUAAGAAUCAAAACGCAUAUCGUAUGACAUUUUAGUGUGUGUAUUUAUAACUGUGGCGUUGUGGCGUAUUUAUAACUAUGGCGUUGUGCUACACGUAUGAUAGUAGUCCAGCAUUGAUAUAGCGGUCAAGGGCAUGACAAAAACUGCAUCUUGAUGUGUACUGUACGUGAUCUUGCAAUGGCCGUAAUACAGCCGAGACACGA